AUGACGCACUUGCUGGCUGCACAAGGAAAAGGCCAGCUCAUGCAGGCCGAUGUGCUGAACAAUGCGCCUGUAAUUGUGGUUGCUGGAAGCGAGACGACGGCUACUUUGUUGAGUGGUGUAACCUACUACCUCCUCACGAACCCGCGGGUCUACGACAAGCUCAAGAAAGAGGUACGCGGAACCUUCAACAGCGAUAAAGAGAUCACGAUCGAUCGUAUUGGCGACCUACCCUACCUCUUGGCUGUACUGGAUGAGGCCCUACGCCUUUAUCCGCCGGGCGCAAAUCCUCAUCUGCGUCGCAUCCCACCGGAGGGAGCUAUCUUGGGCGGCAAAUUCAUUCCUGGCAACACCGCGGUCGGUAUGAAUCAGUAUGUCGUGCAUCGGAGCGAAGAAAAUUUUGCGCGGCCGGACGAGUUCAUUCCAGAAAGAUGGAUAGACGGAGACCAGGAGCCGUGGAAGAACGACCGCAGAGAGGCUCUCCAACCGUUCUCGUUCGGGCCGCGAAAUUGUAUUGGAAGGAACCCUGCUUGGAAAAAUAGCCUCGCGUAUAUCGAAAUGCGCCUCAUUCUUGCCAAAAUGACGUACAAAUUUGAUUUGGAACUGGCUCCUGAAUGCAAGGAUUGGCUAGAUCAAAAGGUUUUCCUUGUCUGGGAGAAAAAGCCUUUGAUGGUGAAGAUGAAGUUGGCGAAAAACAUGUAA